AUGAAUUCUAACGUGGAGUUGAUAAUUUUAAAUGAACCUCCAGCACCUAAAUUAAACUACAUCUACCAAGAGUAUGUUCCUACACGAGUAAUAGAACUGAGUGAUUAUAAAGCAAAACUAGACCUUCGGCGCGAGUUUAAUAUAGAUCAUGAGACAGCCGGGACUUCGUCAGAUUCGUCGUACAAAAAAUGUAAUUACAAUCCUUCGCGAUCGUUAUUCAAUAUCGACAAUAAUGUUAAAGUUCCAAAAUUACCAGCUGGUACGAUAAUCGUAAAAAAGGAAGAUAAAAAGCCCAAAUUGCAAUCAAGAAAUGCCAGCAAUAUUGAGUCAAUAAUCGGGAAAAUAAAAUCAAUGAAAAAAAUGGAUAAGACUAAGACAGAAGUACAGCAGCGAGUUCCACUGCAAGGUGUAAAGAAAAAAAAUGACGAUAAUUUCUCAAGGUUGAGACUAUUAGCAGCGAAACGCCGCGGUUGUCGUAAUGAUGGUGGGAUCAAGAAGAAACAAUUGAAGAAAUGCAAUGUACCUCAUAUGAAUACCAGGUCGAUAACUAAAAAACUUUACAAUGUGGGAGCGGCUUAUCAACCGCCAACGGUAAGCGACGAAAUGGAGUGGAAGGAAUGGCCAGUACACGGAAUGCAUGAAAGGCCGAUUUAUCAUCCACAGAUCGGACUAGGAACAGAAUUUUUUGGUCGCUGUUUUGUCAACGCAGACAAUAAUUCCUAUAAGCAAGUAUCCUCGGCGAUUGGUUCAAAUAUGACGAACAACGAGAACCGCUGGCUCUGUAAAAAAAGAACUUAUUCACGUGAUAAAAGAACUAAAAGCAAAGAAGAAAAAACAUUCGCGCAUUACAUGCACGACAGUCUGCACUAUGUCCUGGGUUUCUGCGCUCAAAUAAUGACACCGGAGUACAAAACACUGAUUAAUAAACAAAUAACAAGGAAAUCAGAGACUGUAGAAAAUAUAAUUAGCAAGUCAGAAAAUUCAGUUAAUUUGAAAGCACCUCUUGCUUCUUUGAAAGGAAGUACAUUUUUUCUGCAAGAAGUGAGUUCUACUUCCGGAGAAGUUUCAAAAUUAUCCCCGAAUAAAUUGUUUAUUAAUUUUAAGAACAUAAAAAAUCAUGAGAAACUCCAGCAAGCUUUAGAAAGCGGCUCCAAGAACACUCUGAUUUUGUUAAAAACUACGAUUCCAACGGUAAAAAAAGAAAGAUCAAAAAUUGUAAAACCAGAAGCUUCAAUUAGUGCAAGAACUGAAAAUUUUACAGACGGAAUUGUAGUAAGUGAUAACGCAUUCCAUGGUUAUCAAGAAAAAUAUUUUACUGUCCAAACAAAUAAAACGUUUCAAGAUACAAAUUCUACAGGAGCUAAAGUAGUGGAUUUCGAAUUGUUAAAUGGAAAUUGGAUUAAUGAAUUAAUUGAAGACACUGCCAUGAUUUAUUGCGUUGCUGCUGGUAUUCAUCAAGAUGACUUGAUUAGUUACAUCGAUACUCUGGAUGCCGAUCAAUCGAUUAAUUGGUUAAUGUCUAAGUUAGAGUAA